AUGAGUCACUCGGCCGCAGACACCCCCCCGCCAGAGGAGACGCCAGCGGAGGCCUCGACCACCGUGCCCCCCCAGGGAGAGGACGGGACGGCCCUGGGGGUCAUCACGGAAGGGGUGGGCGAGCUGGCUGUCAUCGACCCCGAGGUGGCCCAGAAGGCCUGCGAGGAAGUUCUGGAGAAGGUCAAGUCCAUGCACUGCGUCUCCCCGGACGGUUCCAUCCGCCUCAAGGACAGGAAGGCCGGCGGCCGCCGGCCGGGCCUGAACGGCGAGUGCUGCGAGAUCAAGUGUCUGGACGACCCGCCCGACAAGAUCUGGGAGGAGGACGAGCACCCCCCAAACUCGGUGAAGGGGGUCCGCCGGCGCCAGAAGAACAACUCGGCCAAGCAGUCCUGGCUGCUGCGCCUCUUCGAGUCCAAGCUCUUCGACAUCUCCAUGGCCAUCUCCUACCUCUACAACUCCAAGGAGCCCGGCGUGCAGGCCUACAUCGGCAACCGCCUCUUCUGCUUCCGCAACGAGGACGUGGACUUCUACCUGCCCCAGCUGCUCAACAUGUACAUCCACAUGGACGAGGACGUGGGCGACGCCAUCAAGCCCUACAUCGUGCACCGCUGCCGGCAGAGCAUCAACUUCUCGCUGCAGUGCGCCCUCCUGCUGGGCGCCUACUCCUCCGACAUGCACAUCUCCACCCAGCGCCACUCGCGCGGCACCAAGCUGCGCAAGCUGAUCCUCUCCGACGAGCUCAAGCCGGCCCCCCGCAGGAGGGAGCUGCCCCCCCUGGUCCCGGCCCCCGAGGCCGGGCUGUCCCCCACCAAGCGGACUCACCAGCGCUCCAAGUCGGACGCCACCGCCAGCAUCAGCCUGGGCAGCAACCUGAAGCGCACGGCCAGCAACCCCAAGGUGGAAAACGACGAUGAGCCCGUCCGGCUGGCCCCCGAGCGAGAGUUCAUCAAGUCGCUGAUGGCCAUCGGGAAACGGCUGACCACGCUGCCCACCAAGGAGCAGAAGACGCAGAGACUGAUCUCCGAGCUCUCCCUGCUCAACCACAAGCUGCCCGCCCGGGUCUGGCUGCCUUCCGCCGGCUUCGAGCACCACGUGGUGCGGGUGCCCCACACCCAGGCGGUGGUCCUCAACUCCAAGGACAAGGCUCCCUACCUGAUCUACGUGGAGGUGCUUGAAUGCGAGAACUUCGACACCACCAGCGUCCCGGCCCGGAUCCCCGAGAACCGGAUCCGCAGCACCCGCUCGGUGGAGAACCUGCCCGGCUGCGGCAUCACCUACGAGCAGCGCGCCAGCAGCUUCACCACCGUGCCCAACUACGACAACGACGACGAGGCCUGGUCUGUGGACGACAUUGGGGAGCUGCAGGUGGAGCUGCCCGAGAUACACACCAGCAGCUGCGACAACAUCUCGCAGUUCUCCGUGGACAGCAUCACCAGCCAGGAGAGCAAGGAACCGGUGUUCAUCGCUGCGGGGGACAUCAGGCGGCGUCUCUCCGAGCAGCUGGCCCACACCCCCACCUCCUUCAAGCGGGACCCCGAGGACCCCUCAGCCGUCGCCCUGAAGGAGCCCUGGCAGGAGAAAGUGAGGAGGAUCCGAGAGGGCUCCCCUUACGGCCACCUGCCCAACUGGCGGCUCCUCUCCAUGAUCGUCAAGUGUGGGGACGACCUCCGGCAGGAGCUGCUGGCCUUCCAGGUGCUGAAGCAGCUGCAGGCCAUCUGGGAGCAGGAGCGGGUCCCCCUGUGGAUCAAGCCCUACAAAAUCCUGGUCAUCUCGGCUGACAGCGGCAUGAUCGAGCCGGUGGUCAACGCCGUCUCCAUCCACCAGGUGAAGAAGCAGUCCCUGCUCUCCCUGUUGGACUUCUUCCUGCAGGAGCACGGCCAGUUCACCUCCGAGGGCUUCCUCACCGCCCAGCGCAACUUCGUGCAGAGCUGCGCCGGCUACUGCCUGGUCUGCUACCUGCUGCAGGUGAAGGACAGGCACAAUGGCAACAUCCUGCUGGACGCCUACGGCCACAUCAUCCACAUCGACUUUGGCUUUAUCCUGUCCAGCUCCCCCCGGAAUCUGGGUUUCGAAACCUCGGCCUUCAAGCUGACCGCCGAGUUUGUGGACGUGAUGGGCGGCAUCGGGGGAGACAUGUUCAACUACUACAAGAUGCUGAUGCUGCAGGGCUUGAUCGCCGCCCGGAAGCACAUGGACAAGGUGGUGCAGAUCGUGGAGAUCAUGCAGCAAGGCUCCCAGCUGCCCUGCUUCCACGGCUCCAGCACCAUCCGGAACCUGAAGGAGCGCUUCCACAUGAACAUGACGGAGGAGCAGCUGCAGGUGCUGAUCGAGCAGCUGGUGGACGGCAGCAUGCGCUCCCUCACCACCAAGCUCUACGACGGGUUCCAGUACCUCACCAACGGCAUCAUGUGA